UGACCUAGAGAGAAGGCAUAUUAACCUCUUGUAAUUGCUGGCUUUCUCCUGGCUGCAAAAAUAAUGACAUUGAAUUUAACCCUUUGACUGUGGAUUUCCUAUAAUAAGACAUCAAGCUACAGGAAUGGAACAAAAAGUGGCAGCUACAAUUCAAUUAAGUUUUAAGUCCUGCACCUUGGGGAUAUCCAGCACACCAAUAAUACAUGGGAAACACUCCACUAUCCACCACAGAGGCAGAGAAAGACCUGGGAGUGUAUGUUACCAGGCUACCAGUAAAGGGAUAUCUAGCACACCAAUACCACAUGGGAAACACUGCACUAUCCACCACAGAGGCAGAGAAAGACCUGGGAGUGUAUGUUACCAGGCUAGCAGUGAAGGGAUAUCCAGCACACCAAUACCACAUGGGAAACACUCCACUAUCCACCACAGAGGCAGAGAAAGACCUGGGAGUGUAUGUUACCAAGCUACCAGUGAAGGGAUAUCCAGCACAUCAAUACCACAUGGGAAACACUCCACUAUCCACCACAGAGGCAGAGAAAGACCUGGGAGUGUAUGUUACCAAGCUACCAGUGAAGGGAUAUCCAGCACAUCAAUACCAUAUAGGAAACACUCCACUAUCCACCACAGAGGCAGAGAAAGACCUGGGAGUGUUUGUUACCAAGCUACCAGUGAAGGGAUAUCCAGCACAUCAAUACCAUAUAGGAAACACUCCACUAUCCACCACAGAGGCAGAGAAAGACCUGGGAGUGUAUGUUACCAAGCUACCAGUGAAGGGAUAUCCAGCACAUCAAUACCACAUGGGAAACACUCCACUAUCCACCACAGAGGCAGAGAAAGACCUGGGAGUGUAUGUUACCAGGCUACCAGUGAAGGGAUAUCCAGCACAUCAAUACCACAUGGGAAACACUCCACUAUCCACCACAGAGGCAGAGAAAGACCUGGGAGUGUAUGUUACCAGGCUACCAGUGAAGGGAUAUCCAGCACACCAAUACCACAUGGGAAACACUCCACUAUCCACCACAAAGGCAGAGAAAGACCUGGGAGUGUAUGUUACCAGGCUACCAGUGAAGGGAUAUCCAGCACACCAAUACUACGUGGGAAACACUCCACUAUCCACCACAGAGCCAGAGAAAGACCUGGGAGUGUAUGUUACCAGGCUACCAGUGAAGGGAUAUCUAGCACACCAAUACCACCAAUACCACAUGGGAAACACUCCACUAUCCACCACAGAGGCAGAGAAAGACCUGGGAGUGUAUGUUACCAGGCUACCAGUGAAGGGAUAUUCAGCACACCAAUACCACAUGGGAAACACUCCACUAUCCACCACAGAGGCAGAGAAAGACCUGGGAGUGUAUGUUACCAGGCUACCAGUGAAGGGAUAUCCAGCACACCAAUACCACAUGGGAAACACUCCACUAUCCACCACAGAGGCAGAGAAAGGCCAAAUCCGUGCUAAUCAUAACAGCCAGGUUUGAAGAGAUACAGAGCCACCUAAUCCAUU